AUGGACACCAUCCGAUCCGGUCCCCUCGGUAAGCUCUUCCGCCCGGACAACUACAUCAACGGCGAGUCCGGAGCAGGCAACAACUUCUCAAAAGGAUACUACACCGAAGGUGCCGAGUUGCUCGACCAGGUCCUCGACGUAGCGCGCAAGGAAGCCGAAAAGGCCGAUAUGCUUCAAGGAUUCCAGCUGGUCCACUCGCUUGGCGGUGGUACCGGUUCGGGUCUCGGCACCAACCUUCUCACCAAGCUGCGCGAGGAGUUCCCCGAUCGAAUGCUUGCCACUUGGUCCGUCCUGCCUUCCCCCAAGGUUUCAGAUACCGUCGUCGAACCGUACAAUGCUACGCUCUCCUUCCACCAGCUCGUGGAAAACUCGGACAUGACCUUCUGUCUCGACAACGAAGCGCUGUACGACAUCUGCCAACGAACGCUUCGCACCAAGAGCCCCACCUAUGCCGACCUCAACUCGAUCAUCUCCUUUGCCAUGUCGGGCUGCUCCACCACGCUGCGUUUCCCCGGACAGCUCAACUCGGAUCUUCGCAAGAUGGGUGUCAACCUCGUACCCUUCCCUCGACUGCACUUCUUCACCACCGGUUUCGCGCCCCUCGUAGCACCCGGAUCCAAGGCCUACCAAUCGCUCAAGACAUCCGAACUCAUCGCACAGGGGUACGAUCCCAAGAACAUCAUGGCUGCCAUCGACCCGCGUCACGGAAAGUAUCUCACCGUAGCAGCCAUCUUCCGAGGAAAGGUGAAUGCACGAGACGUCGAAAACGAAAUGUACAACCUUCGCGAAAAGAACCCGUCCGGUUUCGUCGAAUGGAUCCCCAACAACGUCCUCACCAGUCUCUGCGACACACCCCCACCCAACCUCAAAAUGUCGGCCACGUUCAUCGCCAACACCACAUCCAUCCAGGAGCUGUUCAAGCGCACCCACGAUCAAUUCAGCCUCAUGUUCAGGAGGAAAGCCUUCUUGCAUUGGUACACGGGCGAAGGAAUGGACGAGAUGGAAUUCACCGAAGCGGAAUCGAAUCUCAUGGAUCUCAUCGCAGAGUACCAGCAGUACGAGACCGCAGGCGUCGACGACGUGGGUGAGGAGGAGUACGAGGGGGAGUACCAGGAGGAACUCCCGGAACAGGGUUACGAGGCUGGUGCGUACGAAGGCCAGGAAGACAGCGUUCAGUACGCAGAAUGA